UGCUUUAUGCUGCAAUACACUAGCUGCAUGCAUAGUAGCUGCUACGUGUGGUCCGACCUUUGGAACUACACGCAUGGCUGCAUAUUGAUGUAAACAGUUUGUAGGACUCCGAUUGGCUAACAUGCGCAUACAUAUACAGCCCAACAACGAUGAUGAAAUCAUUGUAGCUGGAUAAUUUCCCCCGCGCUCAUAUAUAGUACCGAAAAUCGAUCUGAAGAUCCCUGGGUAGAGAUGGACACACUACUGGACAGUCUAGAUAGUCAUGAUAACAAUAAGGUUAUAUGGGUGUUUGGCUAUGGUUCUCUUAUGUGGAAUCCUAAUUUUAACUUCGAAAGAAAACUGACAGGUCACAUUAACGGAUCUGUGAGAAGGUUUUGGCAGGGGAACACAACGCACCGAGGCACAUCUACCAAGCCCGGAAGAGUCGCAACAUUAGCUAAGCAACAACAGGGUUGUGUGUGGGGAGUUGCCUUCCAAAUAGUGGGCUUAGCCCAGAUUCGGGAAGGGCUGGACUAUCUAUAUACCCGAGAGGCUGUCCUUGGAGGGUAUGAGGCGUUCGUCACUAAAUUCUACCCCCGGGACAGUGAUGACUUGCCCGUAGACGUACUGGUUUUCACUGCAACCAGUUCUAGUUAUCUAUACUUGGGACCUGCUGACGUCAACGUUAUGGCAGAUCAAAUUUAUAGUACAAGUGGUCAGGCUGGUCCUAACAUUGAUUACGUCACAAGUAUUGCCGAUUACGUCAGAAAACACAUUCCUGAGGAUAACGAUGACCACUUGUUUUCUCUUGAUCGAGCACUACGACAUUUAAUAUCGAAACACGGAAACUCUAGGACACUAAAACGUAACUGUACAGUGCCUAUGUUGAAACCUGGACAAAUAUUCUGUUCCAAUACAGAAACUGGCCACGUGUCGAAUACAGGAACCGAUUACAUCUCAAAGACUGACUAUUCAGUGUAUUUAGAGAAUUAUAAGGAGAUAAACGUUGACUUGUUAUCCAAGACAAAACUGACACAGCCUUUUGGCAUCAAUACAAAACGCAAUGUUCAGAUGGAGAUUUACAAAUUACAGACAGUUCAAGCAUAAUUUACAUAGUUUUUUGCUUUUAUGGUUGCCUGAAAGUGCUUCUGACCAACAUUAGAAGUUUUUUUAUACAAAUUAGUUGUUGAAUAUUAAAAUUUUUAAGUUAAAUUAUUAUGGUUUUAUGAAAUAUCCGUGCUUUAUUUAUGAAUUUUUUCUAUUGAACCUUAACUAUAUUACAAAGUUUUCAACUAAUGCAAUACAUAUAUAUUACCAUGUUUUCAACAAAUACCUUUUCAUACAUAGUCGCACAGAACAACAUGAAUUCAACACAAUAAACACCAUGAACUAUAUCAGAAUACAAAUUUAUUUGUAAGUUUAUCACAAAGAAAUCUAAUGCAUAUUUUCUCAUGUCUGAUGCAGCACACAGUUACAUGUCCACACCAGACCGCCUGUAAUACAUACAGAAAGGUUGUGUGGUGAGGAUCUGUGUAUUUCAUAUAAACUACAGGGUCGGACUACAGAUCACCACCACACAUCUAUAUACAAGAUGUAUUAUAUAUACAGAUUGUGGGGCGAGGAUUUGUAUCGCAUCCUUAUACACACUUAAAUAUGUAAAGACUACCGGGCCAGGCCACAGGUCCCCACCACACAGCCCAUAUACACGAUGUAUUAUAUAUACAGAUUGUGGGGCGAGGAUUUGUAUCGCAUCCCUAUACAUACUUACAUAUGUAAAAACUACCGGGCCAGGCCACAGGUCACCACAACACAGCCCAUAUACAUGAUGUAUACAUACAGAUCGUGGGGCGAGGAUCUGUGUCACAUCCCUAUACACACUUACAUAUGUAAAGACUACCGGGCCAGGCCACAGGUCACCACAACACAGUCUAUUAUACCGGGGUACACGAUGUAUUAUACAUACAGAUCGUGGGGCGAGGAUUUGUAUCGCAUCCCUAUACACACUUAAAUAUGUAAAGACUACCGGGCCAGGCCACAGGUCACCACCACAGCCCAUAUACACGAUGUAUUAUACAUACAGAUCGUGGGGCAAGGAUUUGUAUCGCAUCCCUAUACACACUUAAAUAUGUAAAGACUACCGGGCCAGGCCACAGGUCACCACCACAGCCUAUAUACUGGGGUACAUGAUGUAUUAUAUAUACAGAUCGUGGGGCAAGGAUUUGUAUCGCAUCCCUAUACACACUUAAAUAUGUAAAGACUACCAGGCCAGGCCACAGGUCACCACCAAACAGCCUAUAUACUGGGGUACAAGAUGUAUUAUACAUACAGAUCGUGGGGCAAGGAUUUGUAUCGCAUCCCUAUACACACUUACAUAUGUAAAGACUACCGGGCCAGGCCACAGGUCCCCGACACAGCCCAUAUACACGAUGUAUUAUACAAACAGAUUGUGGGGCGAGGAUCUGUGUCACAUCCCUAUACACAAUUACAAUUGUAAAAACUACCGGGCCAGGCCACAGGUCACCACAACACAGCCCAUAUACACGAUGUAUUAUACAUACAGAUCGUGGGGCAAGGAUCUGUGUCACGCCCUAGAGUCUGCACACAUUCAUCUUUACUUUUGAAAUGAUACAGAUGCAUUUAUAUACAUGUAUUACAUCAAUUUAGGCUGUCGUUAAAAGUGUUAUCACACAUUUUUGUUACUUUACAUAUCGUAAAUAUAUAAUGAUAACAUCGGUAUCUAGAAACCAAAUCUAUCACAAUUACUGAUCCACUUUUUAUCUAUGUAUAAUAUAUUUCAUUUUCAAUCAUUUUAGUAUAAAAUGCGAAAGACAUGAACACAUAUUUAUUUAGAAUUAAUGACUGGAAACAUUAAAAUAUCCAAAAGCUAUGUACUGCUCUCAACAUCCUGCUUUUUUUCCAAUUAUAUUCUCCAGACACACUUUUUGUUUCAAAAUAUGCAAAGCGCAUUAAGUGCAUUUCAGUUUCCGACAAUAUCACAAGAUCUCCAUAUGUCUUUCACACUAAAGCACUAUAUCUACAGCUUUGUUUGAUAGUUUUCUCCUGAUUUUUAAGUAAUUUGAACAUUUUCAACAGCAAAAAAAAAAA